AACUAUUCCAUUGACUCUGGAGUUGGAGGUGUCUUCCCAUGAAUGGAGAAACAAACCAGAGAGAGGAGAACAACCAAAAUGAUUUUUUCUUCAAGACAAAUCGCUGUCUUGCUGGCAAUAACGAUGUUGCUGGCAGCAAUCGUCAACACCAACGGGGAGGCUAUAGAAUCGUCCGAUAUCGAAGAAGCAGAAGAAAAKAUUUGUGUGAAUAAUGCAGGAGGAGAUGAGACCUGCAGCUUUCCGGCUGUCGAAUAUGAAGAGGACGAAGACUACGACGACGACGAAGAAGAAGAAGAAGAAGAAGACGAUGACGAUGACAUUUACAACGAUGAUUGCAGCGACAAAGAUCCCCAUUGUGGAUAUUGGGCAGUUAUGAAACCAAGCGAGUGCGAAGUGAAUCCAGCCUUUAUGACCAAUAAUUGCAGGAAGGCAUGCAGGCUGUGCGAGCGUCAGUAAGUUUGAUGCCUUGGUUAAUUGCGUGUUCCUUACGCAUUCAAUCCCGUCGUUUGUACUGUUCUUUCGAAACAGGAGCAGGAACUCCGAAUGUAUGAGCUUGUUCAUGACCUUUACUCCAUCAUUCAUCCGAURUGUUCUGUUGCUUGCAUUAACCUGGUUUUCUCUCUGCCUGGUGUUCGGAAACCGUCUUCAUAGUAAGAGAUAUAGUGACCUACCGUCCAGCUUGGACGGCACUGAUUUUGGCGAACCGCAAUCUUUAGUUGGYCACGAAGAACAUUCGAGAGAAGAUAUCGAGAAAAGAAUCAUUGAAUCGAGGAGGUAUAUGGAAUUGCUGAUACAAUCCGGCGACUUAGAUCCCGAGCUCAUACGGUCUUGUAGGAACGAGAAUGAAGACUGCACCUUUUGGAGGUAAGAGGAAUACUACAAGUGUACGAAGGACACCAAUUUCGCUAGAAGUAUUGAUUUUACUAUGGAUGAUCCCUCUCCCCUAACUCCCAAGUAUCCUUUCCAUAUUCAGUCUGCUUGGGGAAUGUGAUGAAAAUCCUGGAUAUAUGAAGACCAAUUGCGGCCCAGCCUGCCAAUCGUGUGAUAUGUUGGCAAUUGAAAAGCGAUGCCCCUUGGAUCGAGAUAUCAUUGGACCCGAUGUUUGGGGCCCCGGAGAUUUGGACAAAAUGUUUCGAAGACUUUCUUCCGAAGAACCGUACACAUCGAAAUACAAUGUCAACGUGCUUUCUUCUCCAGACGAUGAAGGCGGAGGCCCGUGGUAUGUUUUAUUUCGUGGUUGGAUUUUGUCUAUGUGAGGAGUACAAUGAUGGUCAGCCCURCUACUUUUUGCUGAUAUAGUUCUUAUUUGUUCUUUCGCGCAAGGGUUUUGACAAUGGAUAACUUUGUCACCAAUGAAGAAGCCGACCGACUGAUUGAAAUGGGGGCCGUAGAGGGYUAUAAACGAAGUUCCGAUAUUGGAGAAAUGCGCCCCGACGGAUCGACAGGCGAGGUUGUGAGCUCGGGGCGGACGUCUACCAAUGCUUGGUGUUCGAACGAGUGCAUCGAAGACGAAAUUGUUCAGRGUGUUACUAAGCGAAUCAGCAACAUGACCCAGAUUCCAGAAUUAAACAGCGAGGACCUGCAGUUGCUCAGAUACGAGGUCGGACAAUUGUACAAACGUCAUCACGAUUACAUUGAGUAUGAAAUAGAUCGUCAAGGAGGGGUCCGGCUACUAACAGUUUAUCUCUAUUUGUAAGUGCCCUAUGUUUUAAUUAUGAAAGUCUAUGAGCAACGAAAGAGUCGAUCGAAAAUGCAUUGGUGUGUGYCUUAAAAAAAUUUCUGGCGUUUCCUCCCUCACAUUCGAAUUCAGAAACGAUGUCGAAGCUGGUGGUGGGACCAAUUUCCCAGACCUCGAGUUAACGGUCAUGCCAAAACGCGGAAGAGUUCUCAUAUGGCCGAGUGUCAUUAAUAGCGAUCCAAAUGAGAAGGAGAUGCGAACAGAUCAUCAAGCAUUGCCGGUAGAAGCCGGACUAAAGUAAGUUCGACUGUGUUCACAGUGUCAUUGUGCUGCCUUCACAAAAUAGAAACACAUUCAUGUCAUGAGAUGGUAUCGAAAGACAUAAUUAGCAUUUCUGGAAGGUUUCGAAAAGAAUUUGUCGCCGACGCUAACUUCGUGUUUCAAAUUUAUACUCUAUUUUCGCGACAUUCAGAUAUGGAGCAAAUGCAUGGCUUCAUAUGCGCAACUUCAAGGAUCCUCUGGAUAGARACUGCUAAAAGAUACGACCACUUCCUUAUUGGGUUAAAUUUUAAAACAAUACUACUCGUCAAUUGGUUCGAGCCACGUGAAUCCAGCAAAUUUCGAAACACUCCAGCCACCACCAUCGUGAGGAAUCCAGACACCUCUUUUUGGCCCCGUUGCUGUAACAAUCUGCCCAUCUGAGAGUUGGUUGACAACGUUGUCCAACAUGUACGGAUCAAUGGGCUGCUCUCGCAUGCACAUCGUGACAUGAAAUAGAAUUCACGUUCAUUC